GAAGAUUCUGGAAGCCGUGGAGAUAGUUCGAGAAUCGAGUAGAAGAGUGUGGUGAGCUGGCCAUUGUUGUAGUACCUUGCAGUGCCCAAUAGGACUCUCUCGAAGGGAUACAGUAACACUGCUCCAAGGUUCGAGAAAGCACUCCUUGGCACAUCCACUCAAACGAAGCCUGCUGCCUACUGCAAUAUAAAAUCACACCCCCUCAUCAAGCACCUCAUCAAUCACAGACAACCAUUGACCAGAAGACAACAAUCAUCAUCCAGAAAAACCCCCAAAAAAUAUGUCCUCUAGUGCAGGAUUCUCCUUCACCGACAAAACAAACGAUGCUCUCACCACCGCCAUCGGGCUCGCCCGGGAGCGCUCCCACGUCCACGUCCAGCCCAUCCACAUCGCCCUAGCCCUUCUCGAUCCGACGGUCAUCGGCACCAACGGCGGCACCGGUUCGGCAGGCGGGGAUUGUCUGUUUGCUAAUGUCCUCGACAAGGCCGGCGCCGAUGCACGCGAAAUCACCCGCGCUCUUAAUAAGCGCUUGGUCCGUGAGCCCAGUCAAGACCCUCCUCCCGAUCAAGUCGGCUUCUCUUCUUCCUCUACUAAAGUCCUCAAAGAGGCUCAAAAACUCAUGCGUCAGCAGAAUGAUGGAUACAUCGCCCAAGAUCAUCUGAUCCUCGCCCUCCUCGACGACUCCGUCAUCAAGCAAAUCUUCAAAGAAGCCAAUGUCUCCGAUCAAGCCAUUCGGACUGCAAUCUCAGCCGUCCGAGCUGGGCGCAAGGUCGAUAGUAAAAACGCCGAGGAAGGAUUUGAUGCCCUUCGCAAAUACGCCGUUGAUUUGACCGAGAAAGCAAGAGAAAAUUUACUGGACCCGGUCAUCGGACGGGAUAAUGAGGUUCGGCGUUGCAUUAGAAUAUUGUGCCGUCGCACGAAGAACAACCCAGUACUAAUAGGUGAACCUGGUGUUGGAAAGACAGCGAUUGCCGAAGGAUUGGCUCAACGGAUGGUCAACAGGGAUGUGCCUGCAUCACUGAUCGGACGAUUAUUCGCGCUGGACUUGGGUGCCAUUCAGGCCGGCGCAAGCUACAAGGGCCAAUUUGAAGAGCGGAUCAAAUCGAUUCUCAAUGAAGUAGAAAAGGCCACCGAAAAGGGCGAAAAUAUCAUCCUAUUCAUCGACGAGAUGCAUCUGAUCAUGGCCGGCCAAGGCGCCAGUUCCGGCGGAAUGGAUGCGGCCAAUCUCAUCAAACCUGUCUUGGCUCGAGGCAAACUCCGCUGUCUAGGCGCUACCACUCUUGCCGAGUAUCGCAAGUACAUCGAGAAAGACGCGGCCUUUGAGCGCAGAUUCCAACAAGUCAUCGUCAAUGAACCCUCAGUCCCAGAGACAAUUUCCAUCCUCCGAGGCCUGAAAGAGAAAUACGAAACUCACCAUGGCGUCACCAUCCUAGACAAUGCCAUCGUCACUGCCGCUACUCUCGCUCAUCGAUAUCUCACAGCUCGUCGAUUGCCCGACAGUGCCAUCGAUUUGGUUGAUGAAGCCGCUGCUGCAGUCCGAGUCACAAGAGAUAGUCAACCCGAAGCUGUCGACAGACUUGAACGUAAAAAACUUCAGAUCGAAGUUGAAGCCCAUGCCUUGGCGAAGGAAAAGGAUGAUGAAAGUAAAGCCAGACUUGAAGCCGUCAACCAAGAAAUCGCCGCCAUCAACGACGAAUUACAGCCUCUCAAAGCCGCGUGGGAAGCUGCCAAAUCUCGAGGCGAUAAGAUCAGAGCUGUCCGGGAGAAAAUUGAAUCUUUGAAAGCCAAAGCGGAAGACGCGGAAAGGCGAUAUGAUGUCUCAACUGCUGCCGAUCUACGUCACUACGCGAUUCCAGACAUGGAAGAACAACUGUCUCAUCUAGAAGCCCACAAGCGCAUGGAAGACGCCAAGCGAGGACCGUCCGAGUUGGAAGACGAUGUGGUGACCAGUGAUGGGAUUUCGGAGAUCGUGGCCCGAUGGACUGGGGUCCCCGUUUCCCGCUUGAAAGCCACAGAGAAAGUCAAGCUUAGAAUGAUGGAAAAGGCCCUGAUGAAGCAAGUCGUUGGGCAGCCCGAAGCCGUCAAGGCAGUGGCGGAUUCCAUCAGACUCAGUCGCAGCGGUUUAUCAAACGAAUCUCGCCCCAUUGCUUCCUUCCUUUUCUGUGGCCCUUCCGGUACCGGUAAGACGCUCCUCACUAAAGCCCUGGCAAAAUUCCUCUUUGAUAGUGAAGAGGCAAUUUGUCGGAUCGAUGGAAGUGAAUACUCAGAGAAACACAGCAUCAGCCGGCUUAUCGGCAGUCCACCGGGCUAUGUAGGCCAUGAAGAAGGCGGAACAUUGACCGAAUGGGUCCGUCGAAAGCCGUACAGUAUUGUAUUGAUCGACGAGAUCGAGAAGGCCUCGCGAGAAUUCAGCCAGUUGUUCCUCCAAGUCCUCGACGAUGGCCGGCUCACUGACAGUCAAGGCCGGGUCGUCAGCUUCCGCAACUGCGUGAUCGUGAUGACCAGCAACUUGGGUGCUGCUUUCUUGAAUGAACUCGACGAGGAUAGCCCGAUCCCCGAGCAGACUCGCUCCUUGGUUCAUGCGGCCAUCCGCUCUCACUUCGCGCCGGAAUUCAUCAACCGUAUUGAUGCGACAAUCAUUUUCAACAAGCUUGGGACAGCGCAAAUCCGAUCGAUCGUAGAUGUCCGACUAGCCGAGAUCCAAAAGCGACUGCAAAUCAAUGGGAAGAACAUCAUGUUAGAGGUCGAUGAUCAAGCGCGAAACUGGCUGGGCCAAGCGGGCUUCAACCCGCAAUAUGGCGCCCGUCCGUUGAACCGGACGAUCCAGAACGAGCUCCUCCAUCCGCUCUCGAGGAUGAUCCUCGACGAACGGAUCCGCGACGGCGAGGCCGCUCGGAUCUCUGCCGAUUGGAAACUCAAUCGGCUCCUCAUUCUCCCUAAUCAUGAGCCCCUCCCCAUGGAUAUCGAUGACGAACAGGACGUCCUUUCGGAUGAUGAGAUCAAAAUCGAAGACGUCAAUUAAUCUCUCCUCUCUUGUAUUCCCCCCCCCCCUUCUCUUUUUUCUACUCAGUAGUUUGAGACUGCUCAGGUUAUGGAAUCGUGGCUCUUUCUGUGUUUUUUUUUUUUAUCGUCUUAUUCAAUCGUCGUGAUGAUGUAUAAAAUUAAAUUAAAAAUAGUAUGACUAAAAAUAACAUUGUUUUUUUUUUAAAAAGAUACCUCUAUAUGUGUUUGUUUGGUUUUGUCUUGUAAUGAAAGAAGAAAUGAAAUGAAAUGAAUUGGAGGACUUCCCGUCGCAAUCUACAACCCUCCCAGAAG